AUGGAAUCUGCUGGUGCUGCUUCACGCGUACUGUGCAGCCUGCUGAUGCGUUACAGCUGGAGUGCCGCCGAGCCGACAUAUUCCGACACUCGCCUGACGAAUAUCCAUGCAGCACAGCGCUUUUAUUGGGCACUAAAUGAUCAUCGGCUGUGCUGCGACGCGUUGCUCGAUUGGUCCUAUAAAUCAGUUAUUUCAUGCUGCACACAUUUCGUCCGGUUCAUAGCCGGCUCGAUGCAACGAUAA